UUAUAAAAACAGUUUUUUCCUCCACACGCUGGAGUACAAGUUGGUCUGCACGGCGUGUCAGCCGUCUCAAGUGGAUUACACACGCGUCGUUUAAUUGUAAAACAGUCUUUGUUCGAAAAGGCCGUACGUUCAUUUGUGCGCUGAAGUUGUAAAUUUUUUUUUUGUGUUUAGGACCCGGGAACCAUGCGGAUCCAGCGGAGUCUAGUGUUUUGUGCCCUUGGUACGCUCUCCCUGCUUACACUUGUCGCCGGCAAGGCGCUGAUCGAUCAACAAGCCGCCGAAUCGCAAGCGCACAGCGCCACCGUCGCUCAGCAGCGCAUCGGCUGGGAUCACGAUCACCAUGAGGUGGUCCACGAUCAUCACUAUCACGAGCAUCAUCACGAUCCGGGCUUCUGGAAGAAGAAAGUAACGUGGAAAGAAGGUUGGAAAAAGAUUUGGAAACCAGCGAAGAAACAAAUUUGGAAUCCUUCAUGGAAGCAAAUCUGGAAACCGAUCUGGGUGCCAGUUAAGGUACCCGCCUGGAAGGAUAUCAAAGUGCCAGCGUGGAAGCAAGUGUGGAAGCCCAUAUGGAAGGAGAUAAAGGUGCCCGCCUGGAAGGAGAUACAAGUACCGGAUUGGAAGAAGAUUUGGAAGCCGGUGUGGGUGCCAACUAAGGUGCCCGCAUGGAAAGAUAUACAAGUGCCGGCGUGGAAGCAAAUUUGGGUGCCUGUGUGGAAGGAGAUACAGGUGCCAGCAUGGAAAGAAAUACAAGUACCCGAAUGGAAGCAAUACUGGACGCCAGAGUGGAUUAAGGUGGGAAUACCUGGUGAGAAGUAUUUGGGUAAAGAUCCCCAAGGUUGGGAAUAUACCAGUCACGAUCUGUGGAAGAAGAAAUUGGUUUGGAAGUCACAUUGGAAAAAGAUAUGGAAGCCAGCGAAGAAGCAAAUUUGGGUGCCAAGCAAAAAAUUGGAGUGGAAAGAGGAAUGGAAGCAAAUCUGGAAACCAGCGAAGAAACAAAUCUGGGUUGACGACAAGAAAUUGGAAUGGAAGGAAGCGUGGAAACAAAUCUGGAAGCCAGCCAAGAAACUCAUUUGGAUUCCCGACAAGAAACUCGAAUGGAAAGAGUCCUGGGUGCAAAUUUGGAAACCGGCGAAAAAACAAAUUUGGGUCGAAGAUAAGAAGCUGGAAUGGAAGGAAGCAUGGAAACAGAUUUGGGUACCUGGCUGGAAGGAAAUUUGGGUGCCAGCAUGGAAGAAAAUCUGGCGACCGGUAAUCAUAUCCGAAUGGUUCCCCACGCCAGAUCAUCACGAUCACCACCACGAACACGUGGAGCAUGGCUGGGAUCGCAAAGAUGUCCAGUCGCAAGGCGGUAAUAAAGUGGUGUGGAAGCGCGACGACAAAGCGACACAACUCAAACCCGUCGCCACCGCUGAUUUUCAAUCGGCUAAAGCGACUGAGGUGCGAACAUCAGCUGCGGUGGGCACACAACCCGUAGCCGUAGCGGCGGCGGCGCAAACGCCGGUUCAGGGCUUCAAAUUUCCCGGUGCGUAGAUAAUUGCGCUGAAAGAAUAUUUUGUUGUUAAAUUUCACAUCAGUUGCAAGCAUUUGUUGUCGUACUUGUAAAUAUAUAUUCCAGUCGUUAGUCUUUAAGUCGCUUCACAAAUCGUAAUUUUAUUUAAAUUUAUUUAGUUUUAAUGCGCCUAUCCGUCCACCCAUCCAUUCAUCCUCUUAUUCGGACCAGUGCAUAAGAAUUCUUUUCCAUAACUGUCGUAUUAUCUUAAUUUAAUUACAUAUACAUAUACUUAUGCCACGACUAUGACAAGUAAAUAUAAAUAUUUAAUUUAUAUCUAAGUUGUUUCGGUUAACUUCAUUUUAUUAUUAUUUAAGUGAAUUACACAUGUAGUUGUCAUGUAAAGAUGAGUGAAAUAAUAAAAAGUUGUUGAGUAUUUUUUAUACCAUAAUAAAUUA